UAUGUCAGAUUAUAAAAUACAUUUUCAGUUUUAGAAGACAGAUAUUAAUAAGAAUAGAGAGAAAAUGGUGCUAAAAACAGUUAUAUAGCUGCAUCUGAUAAACACAUAGCUAAUACAAUAUCUUAGAGAAUAUAUAGAUAAGAGAGUUAAAAACUCUUAUUUAUUUCUUUAACUGUUGAAAGAACUGAAACUGUGA